GUUAAAAAUUCACUUUUUAUAUUAAAAAAACAUUUCCAUACAAAUAAAUAAUUUGAGGUAAAAAAUAAUUUGUAUAUUAAGGAAAUCUUUUUGUAUGUAAGGCAAUAAAAAAUGAUAAAUUUUUCUAAAGGAUGAAAAUUGGUUACCUUUUCCAAUUGGAUUUUCAUCUCAAAUCAUUCUUGCAGUACUUUGUAGAUGAUUGGCUGACAGCUUUUUAGAUAAGCAAGCAAGGUGGCACAGAGAAAGGGGAAGAGUCCUAAGAGAGAGUAGAAUGGAAGAGGCGAAGGGGGUGGUAAAGCACGUAUUGCUGGCAAAAUUCAAAGAUUCAACCCCACCUGACCAGAUUGAAGAACUCAUCAAGGGCUAUGCCAACCUUGUCAAUCUGGUGCCUCCCAUGAAAGCCUUCCACUGGGGCAAGGAUGUGAGCAUUGAGAACAUGCAUCAAGGUUUCACUCAUGUCUUCGAGUCAACCUUUGAGAGCGUGGAAGGCAUUGCAGAGUAUGUGUCUCAUCCAGCCCAUGUCGAAUUUGCAAAUCUGUUCCUGCCCCACCUGGAGAAAGUCAUUGUUUUCGACUACAAGCCCAUUACAGUCCAUCUCUGAAUCAAAAGGCCAAUGACAAUUAUCAAUUAUCCGGCCAGUUUAAUCUUGUAAUAAAGUUAAUGUGCCAUAUGUGCAAACUGGAUUCAGGUUUUGUUGAACCCUUCAAAUCCCAGUUUAAAAAAAUGCAGACUUGGAAUUGUGGAUUUUGAA